UCUGAUGUGGUCAGCAGCUGUUUUACUUUUAUAUGAAUCUUUAUCCAUUGAUUUUUUUACGUGCUGUUUUUUUCAUUACAUUAUCUUCAAAUAUGUGAACAAACACAUUAAUGUAAUAAUAAUACAGACUUUUUUACCAUUAAAUAACAUCAUAACUAUUUAUAGAUAGAAGAUUUUCGUACACCAUGCAGCUUUCACCUUGUUUAUUUUGAAGAAUAGUUAUUAAAAUACCUAAAGAAGAUUUACAUAAUAAUUUUCUAAUUGGUGAAACACAGAAGAAUUGAAAAUGUUUUCAGCAUUCAAACGGUUCGCUGGUAAAUCUGAAGGGAUGACUUCCUCCCCCAGACCAGCGCAUCAGUCUAUGCCUUUUAAUUUGCAAAAAAAAUUUGCAAAAGGUGUCCAAUAUAAUAUGAAAAUAAUUAUUAAGGGUGAUAGAAAUGCUGGAAAAACGUGUCUAUUUCACAGGUUACAAGGUCAAAAGUUUGUUGAAGAGUAUGUGCCCACGGAUGAAAUUCAAGUUGCUAGUAUUCAAUGGAAUUACAAAGCUACAGAUGAUAUUGUAAAAGUUGAAGUGUGGGAUGUUGUGGAUCGUGGUAGGCGCAGGAAGAAAAUGGAAGGUCUCAAAAUGGAUAAUAUUGUGUCUGUUGAAACUAUAUCUGAGGAACCAGCUUUGGAUGCUGAAUUUCUGGAUGUGUACAAGGGAACGAACGGUGUGAUACUCAUGAUGGAUAUCACAAAACAAUGGACUUUUGAUUAUAUUCAAAGAGAACUUCCCAAGAUACCCAGUCACAUUCCAGUCAUUGUUUUGGGAAAUCACUGUGAUAUGUCUCAUCAUAGAACUGUGACUGCAGAUCAUGUUACCUAUUUCAUUGAUUCGCUUGGAGAGAGGACUGCACAAGUGAGAUAUGCUGAAUCUUCAAUGAGAAAUGGUUUUGGUUUGAAAUUGUUGCACAAGUUUUUUAAUCUUCCAUUUUUACAACUACAAAAGGAAACUCUUCUACAGCAAUUGGAAACCAAUAAAGAGGAAACUCUUUUGACGGUUCAAGAGAUAGAUGUAUACCAAGAGAGUGACGAUGCAGAUUACAACAAAUUUUUGGAUUUCCUUGUAAAUAAAAGAAGAGCCGCAGCUGAUUCUGUUUCUGCAACAGCUUUGGUUCCAAAUGUCACGUCGUCUUUGAGUCCUCAUGGCCAAGUUGGACCAACAAAUCAAGGAGUACCUCUGGCAAAAGUUUUGGGUCCCAUUGGUGGUGGCACCCCUAUACCUGUUAAAAAUAUGGAUCCAAAGUUACUUGCCAAAAAAGAAACACCAAUGCAAAGCAGUAACAAUGACGACAAAGUAGAACAAACAAGUAUACCUAGCAGCACGAGUGCUCCGGAAUAUUUAAACAACAGGGGAUCAAUGGGUUUUAGCAAUGACAAAAGAGAACAGCUAAACACUAGGUCGCAGUCUUUUGUUUCAAAAACAGCUCUUAAUAAAACAGAAUCAAGCUUAGAAAAAGAAAAAUCUUUGGAAAACCAUAAGCAUAUCAUUUCUCCAAUUACAAGUGUAGAAGACUUUGUGCCUGAUGAAGGCUAUUUGGAUAAAUCUUUUUUGGAUGACAAUAGUCAGUCAAACUCUCAAGCAAGUCAAAAGAAACAGACAGACUCUGAUAGUGACACAGAAACUGGAAAUCCACUGGUAGCUGGUUUCGAGGAUGACCUGUCAUCAGCAGAUGAGAUGCCGGUUAACGUUCAACCAAAAUUAGUCGAAAAUCCGCUCAGCAAGCAAAAGCAUAGGCAAAGGGAUAAUUCUCUCGGCGCAGAGUCAAUGAAAUUACAAAUUUCAAAACGCGACUCUAUGUCCUCGAUAGAGCGGGAGUUGCAGGUCACCAACCAAUUAUACAUUGACGAUCAGAAUGACGAAAAUUCUGAUGACACCUUUGAUAGCUGGUUAGGUCGAGAUUGCAAAUGGAGACAAAGUCCCGAAGGUGGAGAAGACGUAAGCAGUAACGUCAAUCCAAAGAAAGACAAAAUGGAGCUGAGCGACAAGAGUCUGGACGCGAGUGUAACAAGUUCCAACGUUCACUUGGAAUUACUAGACAGUAGUAGUAUUCGCCAAUUGAGUUCCAACAGUAGCAGUCCAGUUAUGAAAGGAAAGAAAAAGCACAAAGAUAAGACCGAAGAUAAGGAAAAGAAAAAAAAGAAAAAGUCCAAAGAUAAAGAUAAGGAUAAAGAAAAAGAUAAGUCUGACAGGUCUGAAAAAAAAAAACGUAAAUCCAUGAAAAGAGAGGAAAAAAAGAAACGUGACGAAUUGGAAGAAUUUUUGAAUGGGUCAAGUACACACGUAGAUGUUGAUACAGCUUAUGAAGCUAUAUAAUCCAAUGUUUUGUGACCUAUUUGUUGCAAAUAUUAUUUUUCAUUGAAACUUCCAAGUUUUUAAACAAUUGCUUCCAGUAUGCAGUCGGAAAAAGGAUGAAAUUGCGAAAAACCAAUGAUCUCUUUUGCAAAAGACUAUAAUGUUCAACUGUUGCAUUUAAAAUUAGAAAUUAUAUUGCAUUGUUAACACUUUUUUGUAUGAUUUCAUUACAUUGUAUUCAUGCAAAAUAUUUUAACGAAUCUGAGAGUUACGCCGGGAGAUGUUUGUAUGCUUUGUUAGAUAAAAUAAUCUAUUUCUAUAACUAAAUGUGUGAAGUAACGUUGUUGAUUAUAUUAAUAAUAAUUGUAUGUAAUUGUGUAUAUAACAUAAUAUAAGUAUUUUAUUUCAUUUAAAAAAGAACUAAUAAAAAAGCAACAAUUACUUUCGUGCA